UGAAAUCCGAAAGAAUGGGGGUUGAUGGUUCAUUCCAUUUGUGGUCUUGCCCUUACAUUCUGGAUUCUGGGCUGUUGUUUUUGGUCUCCCGUGGUGUCCCGUGGGCCACUUGAGCCGCAAACUGGGGGCUUGAAAUGGGGCUGCGGACUCCCGCAGUGUCCCGAUUCAGAGAGCCGAGCGCUUUGUGAACGAAAUUUCAGAACGAUCAGAUUCAGGAGAGAAACUUGUUCACAUUUCGCAAGAAAGCCUCUGAGGACUCUGAGGACUCGACGUGAAAAGGCGGGCUCGCAGUGACAUCCUGGAGCUGUUCAACCGAAGGUUCAGACCGCAGUUCAUCGCAGAGGUCCAGUUUUCGGACUCGGCCUGCGCAGGAACCUUGCCAUUCCCCGUGAAUCUCGGCCAUGGCACGUUUCUGAUUGGUGAAAUAAUGAUGGAGCACACUGGGUCAUGAUGUAUAGGUCACAUUAAGACUCAUUAAAUCUUUCCACCUUUAAGCCACAAAAUGGAGGCUGCAUUCAAUCCAUUGGUUUCCCAUGUCAGGCCCUGCCGCUGUCCGCGCCGAAUCGAGCUGCCAAGAUGCCCGCCGUGAGGCAGAAGAUCUUGGAGCGGCUGAGACUGCAGGCCGCUGCUCCGGCGCCCGCUGCGCCCAACCCGCUGGCGCUGGCGGUGCCAUCGGAGGGCCCACCAGCACCGCCAGUGCCGCCGACGCCGGACGAACGCAUGGAGCAGCUGAAGGUAGAUGGAACAGAACUUUGUGGAGACGAGGCAUGGUUUGCCGAUCUCAAGCUUCGAGAAAACCUUCGUGCAGCCGUGCGGGAGGCCCACCAAGAGCAGAAAAUUCUGAUUGCCACGGCUGCGGAGGAGGUGUCUCGCAUUUGUGAGGGCACCCGGCCACCUUCGGCCUUGACUGUGAUGCGCCUCGGGGGUGCUCAACUGGGAGGCUAUGGCGAGGCAGACAUCGCUUACUCCUAUCGGCAGCUGUCCCGGGUAUUACAUCCUGACAAGAAUCCAGAUUUGCCCAAGGCUGACAAGGCCUUCCACCGCCUCAGUGAAGCAGCGGACGAGCUCCGGCAGGGUUUGCAGGAGCAAAGGCGGCUCGUGAUUUGGUUCGCAUCCGCCUUGAACCAGCAGGUACCUGAGCACAUCAUGGAACGGCCACAAGAGCCACUCUUCGCCGAGGCGUGCCGCUUGCUGACCGUGAUCUGCGGUCUGGCAGGCGAGGGCCUGGUGGCCGCCGUGGCGCGUGGACGCUGCGUGUCGCUCUUCGGCGCCACGUACCAGGGCUGCCGCGCGCCGGAGCUUCUCUGCCUUUGGUUUGAAAGGCCCCAGUUCCUGGAAGCCAUGGCCUCCCCGUCCAUGCGUAUUGCCUAUGAUUGUGCUGCCAAGCGCUAUCGCGCACAAUUUCUUUGUUUGCUGAGCCGUGUGCUCGCGGCAGAAGUGCGACGAAUUGGAAAAGGAAUGCCUCGAGACGGCUGGAAGCAGAUUGCAGAGACCUUUCCAGAGCUAGUCUUGUGGCAGGAGUUACGAGAACAGAUCUACCAACGCUGUUGGAUGGAUCACCAAGACGAUCCGCCGGGCAUGGCAGGUAUUGACCGCAGCAGAAGCCCUCAACGAGCACUGCGAAGCAGGUGGGCGCGAAAGUGGCGCAAAGCUAUGGCAGCCAUCCUUCCAUCCGGCGAGGAUACAGCUGCUCCACCAGCAGACCCUGAGGUGCGGAAGCUUGCGCACGUGAUGUGGAAGGACAUCGUGGCAGUUGCAGAGAAGGAGCCGCUGGGUUCAGGGCCAAAGCGAGCCCUCGGACUUUUCCGAGCGGAGCACCACUCCCCUGCCACCUUUGGUCGAGAGGCCAAAGACCCCCAGCGGAUCAGCAAUCGCGUUGAGUGGUGCUUCAUACCGAGCUCCGACAUUUUCCUGGUCGUUGGGGAGGACUUAGUUGGCAUGACUCUCGAGGGUCUGUUUGCAGACAACGCCCCUGGCCAGAAGAGGCUCAGUUUGGCGGAAUGCUACAGGAAAGAUCCUGACGCCAGCAAGAAACAGCCUCCUCCAGUUGUUCAGGUACGUGCAGAAGAGUCACCCCCCUUUUCGGUAACGAUUCAAGAGGAGGAAGCGAAGGAGAAAAAGCCAUCAGCUCCGACUCUCUCGGACCUUCUUGGUCUUGGCAGAUGAGGUGCCGAAGCUGGCCAUUGAAACGCUGAAAACACGCUGAAACGCCAGUGGAAAAGGGGCUGAUGCUUCAGAGCUGCCAAUUAUCAUCCCAUCGGAUCUUACAAAGCCGAUUUUUUGGGUGCAGGCGGUGCAGGUGAAUUCUUCGGGGGCUAAAAAAAAGGGGAGUUAUCCCCAGUGAGAAUUGGCUGUGGAAAUGGCACCCCUCCGAUUCAACCAGAGAUUCUCAUGAUAUCUCUUCAGCUCUCCUGAGUUCUUUUCAGAGACCUUAAUAG